GACUUUUAUUUUGUAAAUCUCCAUAACAUGGCGUUUUCCUCUCACGUCCUGUCAAGCUUGUCUGUUAUGAUCUUGUAGGAUCGAGAUAUUGAAGUUAAGAUGACUAAUCCACUGAGAGGAGAGGUUAUCAGACUGUACAAAAAUCUUCUGUAUCUUGGUCGGGAAUAUCCCAAAGGAACUGCAUACUUUAGAGAGCGUCUGAAGACGGCUUUCAUGAAGAACAAAGAUGUCACAGACCCUGAGAAAAUCCAAAAACUGAUCGACCGCGGAGACUUUGUGAUCAAAGAACUAGAGGCUCUCUAUUAUCUCAGGAAAUACAGAGCCAUGAAGAAACGCUAUUAUGAACCAGAGCAUUAAUCAACGAUGAGUUCUCAGUCACAUGUGCCAGAUUAGAAGUAUUUGAAUGUUUGUGCUUGAUGCGUUGCACUUACAAAUUAUUACUACUAGGACGUCCUAAAGAAGUCAAGUAUUAAUUGAAAAAAAAACUGUCAGAUUUGCAUAUUUAAAGGGAUAAUUCACACAAAAACGAAAUGUAAUCAUCUACAGGUGGUUCCAAACCUUUAUGAGGUACAUUUAUUGAAUUUAAAUGUUAGAAAUUAUGUAUAUUAAUACACUACAGAUGUUCGGGGUAUGAAACCUGAAAAAAAAAACAGUAAAUAAAUAUGCAAAUAUGUAAAUAAAUCCAUAAAUUCCUGUAUUAAUAAAACAGUAAAUAAAUAAAUAUGCAAAUAAAUAAAUAAUUGCAAAUAAAAAUCCAGAAACUCCUGCAUGAAUAAAUAUAGAAAUAAUUAAUAGUGCGGGCAGGUAAAUAAUUUAAUAAAUUACACAUGUUGGAGGAAUAAAAAAUGCUAAACUGAGUUUAUUUAUCCCCCUCCCCCCUCUUUCUUUUAAAUGUUUAUUAAUUCUUGAGCACAGCUGCAUAUUUACUUUUCCUCAGCUCAACAUGCUAAUGAGAGGCUGUCUGUCAAUCAUCAGAAGCCAGUCAAAAAAAUCGAAUGCUAAAUUUUUCUAACGAUCAACCGAUGAUGGCAUAAAUACUGCCUUCUACGGAUUAACAGACACCCUCUCAACAGCAUGUUGAACUAAGGUAAAGUAAAUACGCAACAACGUUCAUAAACAGUUCAUUUAAUACAAAGCAUUUUCUUAUUCCCCCAACAUUCGUGUAAUUAAUUUAAUUAUUUAUAUAAUUAUUUAUGCAAGAAUUUGUGGAUUUUUAUAAACAAUAUUUAUUUGCAUAUUUAUUAAUUAUUUGAUUUAUGUGGAAAUUUAUCAAUAUAAUUACUCAUUUAUAUAUUUGCAUAUUUAUUUAUUUAUUGUUUUUGAAGGAUUCAUCCGCUAUAUGAAAGUCAGUUUCCAACAAUAUUCAAAAUAUUUUCCUUUAUUCAACAAAAUUAAAGCAGCAGUGGAGAGUGAGUAGAUAUUGACAGAAUUUUCAUUUUUGAGUGUGCUAUCUCUUUAAAUCAAACUUUCAGUUUUAUCUUGAUUUAACUCAACUCAACAUCACCGAAAUCACAGUUGUUUUCGCGCAAUGAUACCUCCAGCUCCCUUGUCAGGUCCAGCUUUCCUGCAUUACCGGAAACCUUAAAGUGCAAAAAGGGUAAAAGUGAGAAGAACAGAGUGAUUGUCCAUCUGUAUAUAUGCAAUAAUAAAUGUGUGCUCACUUUUGCUUUGAGUAUUUUGUAGGCUUUGUAGCAGGUGAGGUCCUCUUUUGAUAGCGUGAGUCCGGGCUGCAGUUUCAUCCGUUGGCCACCUUUGAGAUACAUUAAAAAGACAUGCACUGAAUUUAGAGUGUAUCUGAAAA